AUGUGCGGCGGCGCGCUGAUCGUGUGCCAGACGCGCGGCGGCGCGUGCGUCCUCGCGACGUGCGACGGCGCCGGGUGCGCCGCCGACGGAGGGAUGAGCUUGUAUCUCCGCGUGCGCGCGAAACGCGACUUCAGCGCGUUGUGGCAGUACCCGCCGCCGCCGCGGACGGCGCACGCGGGUAGUAACGGUCGCGCGGCGACGGCGGCGACGUGCGCGGCGUCGGCGUCCGCCUCGCCCAUCCCCGGCGCGGCGUCGCACGACGUGCCGCCCGGGAAGACGAAGCUCCUCGCGAUGCACGUCUCCGUCGGCGCUUCGGAGCGGUGCGGGCACUGGCUGGAAGUGUGCGCGGAGCAGCGGCGGCGCGACGCGUGCGAGCUGUGCGGGGGGAAGACCGGGCGCGGCGGCGGCGGCGCGAUGGCGGGCUCGGGCUCGGGAUCGGGAUCGGGAUCGGACGACGACGACGACGACGACGACGUGCGGAUCGUCGACGCGAACGCGACCGCGAACGCGACCGCGACCGCGACCGCGAACGCUGGGAUCGCGUCCGUCUUCGCGGAGGAGUUCCCGGAUCUGCCCCCGCCGCCGCCCGGGACGACGGACGAGGAGCUCGCGGCUAUCCUCGCCGCCGCCAUCGCGCGAGCCGCCGCGGAGGAGGCGGAGACCGGCGGCGGCGGCGACGACGACGACGUGGUCGUGACCGGUGUGGUCCCCGGCGGCGGCGGCGGCGCGGCGUCGUGGAGACGCGUCAAGGAAGAGGAGAACUUGAAGAAGCAGGCGAGGGCGCCGCCUCGGCGGCUGCGAGAGUUGUUCACCGCGCAGGACGCGUGCGCGUGGGCGAGAGGGGCGGCGCGGCGCGGCGGGGUCGUUUAG